GGUACCUGCGCAAGGUGCUGAGGAACCAUACCACCCACACGUGUGAUGGGGAGCAGCUUCUCAUCAUCUGCCCUCACAAGACCACCAUCAGCAUCCUCGGUGCCUUCUACGGGCGUCGCGUACCCAGCCCCAACCUCUGCCCCAGCCCUGGAAAUGCCUCCCAGGAGAGCACCGAGUGCACAUCUGCCACUGCCCACCUGAAGCUGCUGGCCGAGUGCCAGGACCAGCAGUGGUGCCAGUUCUCGGUGCACAGCCAAGUCUUUGGGCCGGACCCAUGUCCUGGGACACACAAGUACCUCAUCGCUUCCUACAAGUGCCGGCCAGGGAACCAUCGGGUCAAGACCGUGUGUGAGAACGACAAGCUGAAGCUGCAGUGCCGACCAAAAUCCAUCCUAGCCAUUUACUCUGCAAAUUAUGGACGAUUCCUGCGGGGCAAACCAGAAUGCGAUGCCCUGAACGCUGGGGGACCCCAUAUAGAGUGCCUGGCUCCAGAUGCCCUGCGGAGGGUCUCCAAGAAGUGCCACCGCAAGGGGAACUGCACUGUGGCUGCUGACCAGGCCACCUUUGGGGACCCGUGCCUCCCUGGCAUGAAGAAACAGCUGCGGGUCUCCUACACCUGCGUGCCCAAGCAGCUGCUGGAGGAGGUGGGCCAUGACACCUCGGACCCCUUCCUGCUCUCAGACUACAUGCACGGUGGCUGGUACAAAGGGCCCAGGUUCUCCAGGCUCCGGGAAGACCGGAUGAUUUUUACUAGCUCUCUGGCAGCUUUCGCCCACCUUUGGGGUGUUCCAGAGAAAGUUGGCCUCUACUUCCUUUGCGGGGUUUCAGGAGGCCUCAUGCUCUUGCUGUGCAUCAUCAGCCCCAAAACGACCUUCCUCCAGGAGGUUGGGGAGGCUCUCAAAGACCCAGAGCUGGGAAGCAGCUCGGAGCUGAACAGGACCAAGCUACGGGACGAGCAGGACGAAGACCUCCCUGAUGACAGCUCCUCUGACUCCUCCUUCCGCCGCCUCACCCGCACAUACCGGGCCACCGACAGCAUCUUUGGCCCUGAGCUGACUGCAGCCAUGGAGGGAGCAGCAGAGCACCAGGGCUGUUCUGGGGAGGAGAUCUGGAUGCCCAAGGAGUCAAGCCCAUAUGCCAUCCACAAGAUCAAAUCGGCCACUAAAUAA